GAGGUUAUGAAUAUAGAAAAUAAAAAGUUUACAUUAAGCUUAAGUGUUAUAAAAUAAGAAUGUCGUUAAUAUCAUUUGCUAGUACAAUUUUAAAACGAAGCAUUACUUUCCGCUCAUUUCCUAGAUGUAACAAUUUAAGUCAUGUAACACGGAAUUCGUCUUAUAGUUCAGUAACAACAAAAACUAUUCAUGAUGUGAAUACCAAAGUUGCAAGGGACGUUAUAUUAUUUAAAUAUGAGAAUCCGAAGUUUUUUAAAUAUAUGAACGUGUUUGCUAUCGUUCAGUAUAUGUUUUGGACAUAUCUUGGUAUAUUUGCGUUUAAAUCUUUGAGGGAUGCACCGGUUGACAAGUCAAUGAUUACAGACGAAACUCCUUGGUUUAGAAGAAUAAACCUCGGUGAAAAUAAGUACAGAAAUACUUUAGGAGCUGUUGCUUUACUUAUUGGUACUGGAUCAUUGGGUAUGGUUUGGAUGUACACUUUGAAGUCAGUCAGAUAUUUGAUACUAAACAAAGGUGGCCAGCAUUUAACCUUUGUAACGUACGGUCCAUUUGGUAAGAACCGCAUGAUGAAGGUACCCAUAGAAAAUGUCUGUUGCAAAGAGAACAGGACAAUGGCCAAAGUUCAACUUCCGAUUAAAGUGAAGAACACUAUGAUGCAUUAUAUGUUGGACAUGCGUGGAGAGUUUAAAAAUCCCCUCUUGUUUGAUAGCACUGCGGGAUUGUCUAGGAAAUGGUGAUGAAGCAAAUAUACUAUGAGUCUAAGCA